AUCUCUCCGCGGCUAGGGUUACGACGACCGCCGCUAUGGCGGUCCGGCGACCAUCUUCCAUACAUGACCAACCCUCUCCCUCAACCUACUAGGAAUCGCAGCUUGAACGACAUAGCUCUCAAGGGUGACUUCAAACCAGCGACAAAAUUCAAAGGGCAACCGGCCAUCUCCUUCUCCGAUGAGGACAUCAACCAUCUGUCUGCGAGGUUUGUUCGCACAAUUGUGGGACGAUUCACCAAGGGCAGACCUUGCCUUAUUUCAAUCCGUAAGGCCUUUGAACGAAUCGCUUUUGAAAAGGAUUUUACUGUAAGUUUGCUGGAUGAAACUCAUAUCUUAAUCAAUUUCGAAUCUGAGAACGAUUUUCUGAGAUGCUUGCUGCGAAAAUACUGGAAGAUUAAUGGUUUUGUUUUGAAAGUGUUUCGCUGGACUCAUGAUUUUGACCCUGNUUGAUUCCCCUCUAAUUCCGGUUUGGAUUAGUCUUGAAGGUCUUCCAAUUCAUCUAUUUGACUCUCUGGCUUUGUAUUCUAUUGCCAAUUUGAUUGGUAAACCUCUGAAAACAGAUGCUGCAACAGCAAGCCUGUCAAGGCCAUCUGUUGCUCGUAUUUGUGUCGAGGUUGAUACCAGCAAGGACCUGCCCAAUGGUGUCUGGAUUCAUCUUGGCCAACUUACAUUUCACUAGCCUAUCACUUAUGAAGAUCUUCCUGAAUAUUGCCCCUCCUGUAAAUCAUUUGGACAUAAAAACUGCAAAAAGGCCACAACAUCUAGAUGGGUGGUGAAGGACACAACAGGGACUGGGAAUACAGCACCUGCUGUAGCCGUCCCUUCGUUGUUGCUCCACGCUAAUUUGCAGCCGGUGGAUAAACCAGAUGAUGCCCUGAAUCAUGAUGGUCCAAAAGAGAAGGAGGAGACCACUGUUGUGGAAACUUGCUCCUUUGCCCAGGUUGAAACACACUUGACACAACCUGUCCUAAAAGCUGUCAAUGGGUUGGAACACUUACUAGUUACUACAGCUAAAACCUUUGAAUCUGAAAACGAGGAACAAUCUGCAAUACACACAGCUACUCAUAAGGCAAGUUUUGAAGCUUUGGCAACCACCAUUGAUAAUGGUAGGGAUGCUGAGGCUCCUGCGCCAACUGGCAGUGCUGAAGACAAAGGUGUGUUGGCUGAGAUGGAACAAAUCCGGGUUAGUGAGGAUGCUCCUACUAACAAUGACCCUAAUUCCAGGAUUGAACCAAGCUGUGAGGCACACAAACUGUCCCCUAAGACAGAUUUGGAAGCACACAGUACGAAGAAGAAUUCCCGCCCCUCUCUAAAGAGUCUGUAACUGCUACACUGGAUGAUUCUCCAGCCCAAAAUCAAAGUAGUGAUGCACACACUCUUUCCCCCGAGAAAGAGAUGGAUGGCACACUACCCCCUUCAAUGAAUGGAGAUGAUGAAAAUAUUUCUGAUCCUACACAUAUCACAAAUAUCCCCCCACCUAUAACUAACUAUGCAGGUCAUGACCCAACUACUAUUGGACCUAUUCUUCAGUCUUUUGAGAUGGAUGGUGAACAUUAUGAAAUCAGGUCCUACGUUGAAGAAGCGGAGACAAGUAACCAAAGGGAGGAGCCUGACUUCAAAGAUGUCCAGAGCAGACGCAGCAAAAGAGUGGGGAAGAGGGGAACUGCACCAAGGACGAUUAAAACUAGAAGCUAUGAUCCAAAUCUUGAAGUUGGAACGGUGAGCGAGAUCACUAGAUAUUGGCCUAGCCGCAAAUCAACCACAAUGGAGAAAAUCGUCACUACCAAAAGUUACUCUGGGCCCUUUUGGUACGCUGGACCCGUCGGCCCAAUUGGAGCAGAUGGGAAAAGACCAAAGAAAAUAAUGCCCAGAAACCUCGCCUUGGAUCAGCACCCGGGUUUUAUAAUUUGGGAAUGAUUUUAUCUCUCGUUUCAUUUCUCAUUCAGUUUCACUUUCAUGCAUCUCUAGAGGGGCAUUGGCCUAGUCCUCCCCUCCCUGUACCUUUCUUUUACCUUUUUGCAAUAAAAUUUUUCGUUUUAU